CAUCUUUGCAUGCACAUAUAUCAUCCACCUCUUCAUCAUUAAUUUCAUAAGGGUCUCUCAUUUUCCUAGCAACUUCCUCUAUUCCUAUAAUUCUCUUUUAUAUAUUAUUGAUAAAUGGGGAAUGCAGUUUCUUGUACGCCGUCGAUCAUCUCCGGCGGUGGAGCAGUGAAAGUGGUGUUUCCAAAUGGGAACAUUCAGAUGUAUACGAAAUCAGUCAAAGCGGCGGAUCUAAUGGUGGAGAAUCCGGGUCAGUUCGUGUGCGAUUCCGGCGGUUUAAAAGUGGGUUUUCGGGUUCAUGGGCUGACGGCAGAUGAAGAGUUGGAACGGCGGCGACUUUAUUUCCUUCUUCCCAUGGAAUUGCUUUACUCGGUGCUGACGGAAGAGGAAAUGAGUUGCCUCAGUUGUAAGGCAGAUAAGGCGUUGAAACAUGCGAGCUUUAAUAUUGGGAAGAUUUUACCUGUUUUUAAUGAGUUUUGCAUUUUCCCGUUUGAAGCUAAGUCCCCGCCGCAAAACGCCGUGAACGACGGUGCGAAAGAUUCCGUCGUGGUGAGAUUUUCGAAGCAGAGAUCGUGGAAACCGGCGUUGGAGACCAUUGUUGAAAGUUGAAACCCCUUGUAGGCAAUGUUAGACCAACUAAUUUUGUACAUCCAUACAUCCAACGGUGGAGUUUUUUUUUUUCUUUUUCGAAUUAAUAAGUUAAUAUGUGUCUUUAUUUUGAUAUUUGAAAAUAUAAAAAUAAAUACGAUUUUAAUCUAUUUUACUCA